UAAAAUAGUUAUGUUACGCUCUCUCAUGGUAUACCAUGAAGUAUCCCACUUCUCACUUGUAUUUUCUUGGUAUAAGUGGUGUACACUCGCCAAGAGGUCCGCCUGUAUACCGAGAAAACACAAUUGCCUCGUGUGAUAUUUCACGGUAUACCACUCGAAAGCGUUGCAUAACUAGUAUAUAUCAAAAGGUUGUCGUACGUAUUUUGUGUAAGGUUUUGAUAUCUUUCUAUACUACGAUGCAACCGCUCUGUUUUUCUCUGCCGUUGAGCGCGCGAGAGACCGCGCGCGAAAGACUGCGCGAGUGAAACAGCGCGAGAGGAAAAUCCUUCCGUGUACCAGUUUUUUCGCCCGUUUUCUUCCCGCUUUCUUCGGAGUCGCACUCAACAGCCUGAAAGAAAAGAAGGGCUGCUUAUUGUCUUAUAUCUAAUGAAAAAUAACAAGGGAAAAUUUUUCUCGCGACAAAAAACUUUAAGAGAAUGUUACAUUAAAUGUUGCAGGAGUAAGUAACCUUUACCUACUAAACUAGCAACUAGUUCCAGACUCACACACCAGGUGUGGGAAAAACGAGCAAAAGCUGCCAAAAUUAAACGUUAUUAAAGCGCUUUUUUUGAAAACCACAGAAGAGACUAAGUAAUUCCUUAUUCAUAACAUGCCGAAUUGAACAUUUUUUCUAAAUAUUUAGUAAAUUUUGGGAAUAUAUUUAUAUUAGUUUUAAAAACAAUGUGGCUAUGUAAAAGAUAUUUUAUAUGGUGUAGAAGUUUCUUAGAAAUUGAGAAUUAAAGGUUUGAGAGAAACGUGACUGAUAUAUAUAUAUUUCCUCGAAGUCCACGACAGGAAGACAAACAUGUGGGAUGAGAGGAUUACAUGUAACUUCCCGUUUGAUAUAUUGUCGUUUAAAAUUAGGCUUCUUUUCGAAGCAAAAACUCUGCUGUUGGUGAAACACAUCAUUAAUUCGUGUACGAGAUUUUUGGCCGUGAACUUUUUGCCCCGAAACAUUCGGAAAAACGAAAAACUGCACUCAGUGUGUUAAUGUCUAAUGUGGAAGGAAAAUCCCUUACCUCCCCUCCCUGCUGAAUGUGAUUGUUUAGUAGUUUCCAGUUUCCAAUCGGUGCUUUCUGCGAAAAUUCGUGGCGUUUGACGCAGCUCCCUCCGAAACGAUCUAAAUCGUAAACUAUGUGGACAGUGAAAGGACUAAGAACAAACAGCUAUGGCAUCGUUUCUCGUAAGUUGCUCUCUUUACAACGAAGGAACUUCACUCCGGAGAAAGCAGAGCGAGUUAUGGCGAUCCGGCGAGAAGACAUCAAUGUCUGGGAGCGACGCGCUCCAAUCGCUCCUUCACAUGUUGCUGAACUUGUACAUAAUGGAAUAAAAGUUCUUGUACAGCCUUCGACAAGACGGGCAUACACGAUGGAUGAAUACGAGAGAGCAGGAGCCAUCAUAACAGAAGACUUGACUCCGGCUUCGUUGAUUAUAGGUGUUAAAGCUGUUCCGAUCGACUUACUCAUCCCGAACAAGACAUACGCAUUCUUCUCACACACGAUAAAAGCACAAGAAGCGAACAUGCCUCUUUUGGACGCAAUGUUUGAAAAGAAUAUACGGAUAGUUGACUACGAAAAAAUGGUAGACAGCAAAGGACAAAGAGUUUGUGCUUUUGGCAAGUUCGCUGGAGUUGGAGGUAUGAUAAAUAUUCUUCAUGGCCUUGGAUUACGACUUCUAGCUUUAGGACAUCACACUCCUUUCAUGUAUUUGGGUGCAACUCACAAUUACAAGAACAGCAGAGCAGCCAAACUUGCCAUCUAUGAACUUGGAGAAGACAUCAAGGCUGGUAAACUGCCUGCUCAUUUUGGACCUCUCUCAUUUGUAUUUAGUGGCUCAGGGAAUGUGUCCCAGGGUGCCCAGGAGAUGUUCCAGGAACUUCCACAUAUCUAUGUUGAGCCACAUGAACUGAGAAAAGCUAUUCAGAGCACUGACCAUCGGAAAGUCAUUGGUACUGUUGUGAGCCGCGAAGACUAUCUUGUACCCAAAGCUGGUGGAGUGUUUGAUGCAGAGGAGUAUGAUGCACAUCCUGACAGAUACAGAUCAACAUUUGCUGAAAAAAUAGCACCUUAUAUGUCUGUGCUGGUAAACGGCACCUACUGGGCUCCUAAUGUACCACGCCUUCUUACUUAUGAUGAUGCAAGAAAUCUUCUUAAGACAAUGAACAGGUCCAGUGCUUAUGGUGGCUGUCCAAGCCUGCCUCAUAGAUUACUGGCAAUCUGUGACAUCUCAGCUGACACUGAGGGCUCUUUGGAAUUCAUGACAGAGUGUACAACAAUUGAGUAUCCAUUCCAGCUGUACAACAUUAAGUCAGGAACUUCACAGAUUGGAAUGGCUGGUGAUGGAGUUCUUAUUUGUUCAAUUGACAAUCUUCCUGCUCAGCUUCCAAGAGAAGCUACUGAUUACUUUGGCAAGCUCCUGCUUCCGUGGCUUCCAGAAAUGAUUGAUUCUCAUGCUACUGAUUCAUUUGAAGAGCAGCAUCACUUAUCAGACACAAUAAGAAAUGCUAUUAUCACUUCUAAUGGAUCACUGACAACUAACUACAAAUACAUCGCAGAUCUGAGGAAAAGGCAAGAGGAAGCUAAAGCAAGAGCAUUGGGACCAAAUGUAUCUGUGCCAAUAGCACAGAGAGUUCUGUUACUUGGGUCUGGGUUUACUGUGGCCCCAUGCAUUGAAUAUCUUACAAGGGACAAAACUCUUGCAGUCACAAUUGCCUCUGAUAGUAUCACUGAAGCAGAAGCACUUGCAGCCAAGUACAGGAACACAACUCCAACCCUCCUGGAUGUCACACAAUCAGAGGAAAAGUUGAACAAGUUGAUCCAGCAACAUGAUGUUGUAAUUAGUUUGCUUCCUUACUCUUUGCAUCAUGUUGUGGCCAAGAGUUGUAUCGCCUUUAAAAAGAACUUGUUAACAACAAGCUAUGUACUGCCUGCCAUAGAAGAACUACACCAGAGUGCUGUUGAUGCUGGAAUAGCCAUUGUGAACGAGGUGGGACUGGACCCUGGUAUUGAUCACAUGUUAGCCAUGGAGUGCUUUGAUGAUGUUAAAGCUGAGGGAGGAGUGAUCAAGUCCUUUCGCUCAUACUGUGGCGGACUUCCUGCUCCAGAGCACGCUGACAAUCCUUUGAGAUACAAGUUCAGUUGGAGUCCACGGGCUGGUCUACUGACAAUUAUGAACAGUGCUAAAUAUCUUUGGUAUGGAAAGACUGUGGAAGUGGCUGCAGGUGGGGCUCUACUGGAGGAAAUCAAACCAACAGACAUGUUCCCAGGCUACAGACUGGAGUGUUACCCCAACAGAGACUCGACGGCGUAUGGCGAACUUUACGACAUCACCGCAGCGAGCACUAUACUUAGGGGAACUCUCCGUUAUGAGGGAUAUGCCACAGCCUGUUUGGCUCUGUUACAACUUGGAAUGUACAGUUCAACAGAACGACCUGAUCUGGCCUUAGCUCACGAACAACCCUGGGUAAAAUAUUAUAUAUAUUCCAUUUACCAGGCUAUUAUCACUUCUAAUGGAUCACUGACAACUAACUACAAAUACAUCGCAGAUCUGAGGAAAAGGCAAGAGGAAGCUAAAGCAAGAGCAUUGGGACCAAAUGUAUCUGUGCCAAUAGCACAGAGAGUUCUGUUACUUGGGUCUGGGUUUACUGUGGCCCCAUGUAUUGAAUAUCUUACAAGGGACAAAACUCUUGCAGUCACAAUUGCCUCUGAUAGUAUCACUGAAGCAGAAGCACUUGCAGCCAAGUACAGGAACACAACUCCAACCCUCCUGGAUGUCACACAAUCAGAGGAAAAGUUGAACAAGUUGAUCCAGCAACAUGAUGUUGUAAUUAGUUUGCUUCCUUACUCUUUGCAUCAUGUUGUGGCCAAGAGUUGUAUCGCCUUUAAAAAGAACUUGUUAACAACAAGCUAUGUACUGCCUGCCAUAGAAGAACUACACCAGAGUGCUGUUGAUGCUGGAAUAGCCAUUGUGAACGAGGUGGGACUGGACCCUGGUAUUGAUCACAUGUUAGCCAUGGAGUGCUUUGAUGAUGUUAAAGCUGAGGGAGGAGUGAUCAAGUCCUUUCGCUCAUACUGUGGCGGACUUCCUGCUCCAGAGCACGCUGACAAUCCUUUGAGAUACAAGUUCAGUUGGAGUCCACGGGCUGGUCUACUGACAAUUAUGAACAGUGCUAAAUAUCUUUGGUAUGGAAAGACUGUGGAAGUGGCUGCAGGUGGGGCUCUACUGGAGGAAAUCAAACCAACAGACAUGUUCCCAGGCUACAGACUGGAGUGUUACCCCAACAGAGACUCGACGGCGUAUGGCGAACUUUACGACAUCACCGCAGCGAGCACUAUACUUAGGGGAACUCUCCGUUAUGAGGGAUAUGCCACAGCCUGUUUGGCUCUGUUACAACUUGGAAUGUACAGUUCAACAGAACGACCUGAUCUGGCCUUAGCUCACGAACAACCCUGGAGACAAGUGCUCGCCAAACUUGUAGGCAAACCAGACGCCAGUGACUCUGAGCUGCAUUCAGUUGUGUUUGAGAAAGUGGGCAAAGAUCCAGCUCGUAUGCAGGCUAUCAAAGAUCUUGGUCUUCUCUCUGACGAACCUGUUCUUCAACAAAGAACGCCACUGGACACUCUUUGUUUGUACCUUACAGAGAAACUUGCCUAUGGAGAAGGAGAACGCGACAUGGUUUUACUUCAACAUGACAUCGGUUUAGAGUUACCUGAUAAAACACAGGAAAACCGUCGAAUUGACAUGAUUUGUUAUGGUGAUCCACAUGGUCACUCAGCAAUGGCACGUACUGUUGGGCUUCCUGUGGCGAUUGCUACAAAGAUGGUACUGGAUGGGGACUUGAAAGCCAAAGGUGUUGUUCGACCUCUUAGCCGCGAAAUUUACAAGCCAUUGCUCACCCGACUCAAAGCGGAAGGAAUAGACAGUGAAAUGACGACAACGGUUCUGACUGUGGAAGUGGCUGCAGGUGGGGCUUUACUGGAGGAAAUCAAACCAACAGACAUGUUCCCAGGCUACAGACUGGAGUGUUACCCCAACAGAGACUCGACGGCGUAUGGCGAACUUUACGACAUCACCACAGCGAGCACUAUACUUAGGGGAACUCUCCGUUAUGAGGGAUAUGCCACAGCCUGUUUGGCUCUGUUACAACUUGGAAUGUACAGUUCAACAGAACGACCUGAUCUGGCCUUAGCUCACGAACAACCCUGGAGACAAGUGCUCGCCAAACUUGUAGGCAAACCAGACGCCAGUGACUCUGAGCUGCAUUCAGUUGUGUUUGAGAAAGUGGGCAAAGAUCCAGCUCGUAUGCAGGCUAUCAAAGAUCUUGGUCUUCUCUCUGACGAACCUGUUCUUCAACAAAGAACGCCACUGGACACUCUUUGUUUGUACCUUACAGAGAAACUUGCCUAUGGAGAAGGAGAACGCGACAUGGUUUUACUUCAACAUGACAUCGGUUUAGAGUUACCUGAUAAAACACAGGAAAACCGUCGAAUUGACAUGAUUUGUUAUGGUGAUCCACAUGGUCACUCAGCAAUGGCACGUACUGUUGGGCUUCCUGUGGCGAUUGCUACAAAGAUGGUACUGGAUGGGGACUUGAAAGCCAAAGGUGUUGUUCGACCUCUUAGCCGCGAAAUUUACAAGCCAUUGCUCACCCGACUCAAAGCGGAAGGAAUAGACAGUGAAAUGACGACAACGGUUCUGUGAGACGAAAAUCCAAGAAGUAGAAAAAACGGAAGCAAACUACUGGGUCGCCUAAAGAGACCCCAGUUUUUGUGUUCUAAGGAUUUUUUUUUCUGUUUAAUUCAAGUGUGAAAGUUUAGAUGGAAGGGUUUUGUAGUGGAAUACUGUAGGCAGCCUGCCAGAAUUUUGGCCCGGAUUUGGUUCAUAUGGAGUGAACCUUAAACAUACCGCUUAGUCGUUGACAAGGAAAUCUGGAUAAAAGCAGAGAGAACGAGGUUCACGGGAACUGGGUACGAGGUUGAUCGCCCGUGAAUUUCAUGGUGAUAUUCUAAGAAGAAAUUAGCUAAUGGUCACUUUCGGGGAUGAAAGUGUCUUGAAUUGUUAUAGUAGCGAGGAAGCACUCUUUUGGAUAAACUAUUUACAAGGUUUUGAGCAGUUAUUACGUGAUGUUUAUUUUUAGAGUCACGCAAGAUUCAUCGAACCAAAAUAUUCUUUAUACUUAUUUAUUGGUUUAAUUGUACCGCAUAUACCUAUGUGGUAACUUCUAAGACUUCGAAAGUCAUCUUAACGUAAAUGUCUGGUAGUAAAGGACUGUAAGAUAGAUAUUUUCUUCAGUGAUGUAAGUAUAAGACAAAUCUGUUACUACUGCUGAAAGUCUGAUUAUUUUUUAUACACAAAUGGCUUUUUUAUAUAUUUAAAGCUAUUUAAAUUUCAAACGAGGCCCCGAAAGAGGCUCUCUUGAAAUAGUACUUCACUAACUGCUUUGCCGAUGUUUGGCAAAUCGUUGCAGAAAGGCCCGGAGGAGCUUUCGAUUCUUCUUAUUCGAUCAAAUCGUAGUUACUCUAAAGUAUUAUUUACUUCGGUGAAGCGCCAGUUGAGAUUUCAUGUUGCUUAGUAACCUCUGACAAAAGCUCAACUUUCGACUGGAGGAAAAGGUAUUGAACGUAAUCUGACAAGAGAAAAACUCUCUUGAAUUUUAACGAUAUAUACUUGGGGUGUUGGAUGUAUUGAAUUAUUUAAUCGAUAACGUGUAAAUCUAUUUGCAUUUUAAAAGUAGCUUUGCUGUACAUGUCCUGCUGUUGGAAAUAAUCACGGUAAUGGAGUUUAAGUCCAAAUGUAAUUGACCUGUCUCUAAUUGUAGCUUUUUCAGAGUUCCUCAAUUAAUAAAUUAUUUACAAUAUUAUGA